CCGAGCAGCUGAAGCUCGUUUACACCCGAGUCCAUCCCAGGCUGUUAUCUAAACGGCGUUUCGCGGCGGAGCGUGGUCGCUCGAAAUGCCGCCACGCGAGCAGAAGACUGAAGGAGAGCAGCCUUGCGCCACUUCCGGCUAGCCGAUCUGUAUGAUUCUACUUUUCCACUAUGAUGAGCAUGAUCGCCUCCGUCACUUUGCACCUAUGCCGCUCGCUUUCUGGCGGAACCCUUGGCGGAGGAUCAUGCACGCUUCGAUCGAUUCGAGCUCGAUGCUACUGCGAUCAAUCCCGUUUAUCCGCAGAAAGGCGAAACCCAGGUCCACUUGUUCUUUACAAGAGAAUGAUUGAAGAUGGGAAGCUUCAACAUGAUACUUAUCAAGAGAAAGUAGCUAUGGAAUUCGAAGACCUGCUUCUCAGACUGGUGCAUUAUGAAAAGGAGAUGGAAGAGUAUCAUAAAAAGCUUGCUGACUGGGAAAAUUGUAGAGAGAAUGAGAGGCGCAGGCUUAUGUUAGAAGAAGCUGAAGUUAAGCAAAAAGAUGGUGUAUGGACAAGAUCAAACAACAGAGAAAGUGGGUUUUUGGAGAGGUGGAUAAGGAGGAGAAGAGGGAAUCCAGAGCCUGGAGUUGGAAGGAUGGUCUCAUAUCUUAAUCGGGAGAGAAAGAUUGAUUCAUUAGCUGGUGAACGGCCAGUUCUGCCUCAUCCGCCUAAAGGAAUUUAUUUGUAUGGAAAUGUUGGGAGUGGGAAGACAAUGCUAAUGGACAUGUUCUACUCUGCUACUGAAGGUCUUGUAAAACAUCGAAGGAGGUUUCAUUUUAAUGAGGCAAUGCUUGAGAUACAUGAGCAUAUGCAUAAUGCAUGGAGGAACAAGGUUGAGGACAAAUUUCCACAGCCCAGUAUCUUUAACUGGAUACAUAGCCUUCCAUUUGAUUCAAGAGUAAAGGAAUGGUUAAUUGGAGAAGAAAGAUACAAGCUAGUGACUCGGGAGAAGCAUAUACUUUCUGCUGUAGCUGAUAAGUUUCUUGUUGACGGGCAAUCAGCUAAAAGCGGGGCCAGCAUUCUUUGCUUUGAUGAGAUUCAGACUGUUGAUGUUUUUGCAAUAGUGGCAUUAUCUGGAAUUCUAAGCAGCUUACUAAGUAGCGGGACGAUUCUUGUUGCUACCAGUAAUAGGGCUCCUGAAGACUUGAACCAGGAUGGUAUGCAGAAAGAAAUCUUUCAGAAGCUGGUAUCUAAAUUGGAUGAAAACUGUCAAAAAAUCAGUGUUGGAAGUGAGAUCGAUUAUCGUCGCUUGAUGCCGUCGGAAAAUAGCAAUCAG